AUGCAGGGUAUCCUUACAACAGAUUUUGAUGCAAAGCCAGAAGGGUUAUCCACUGUUAGAGAUUCAUACAGAAAACCACAGACACUUGGAGUGCGGCAGGUUGGUUUGCGGCAACAACUUCUUCAGGAAGAGCUCAUUAGACAAGUUAGGUAAAUAAUAAAUUAAUUGUGACUGGGUCAUUUGAGGCUUUGCAGGUGAUCAUCACUAGCAAAUUGUAGGAGUCACCAAUUUUGCCCAAACAAUUGGGGUGCCUGAAAGAUCAACUUUCAUCCAAUAUUUGAAAUUUUAGAAACUUUGUGUCAGUUUCUUUUAGUCUCAGUAUUUGAGCUUUGCGCUAGGCUAUUACAGUCUUACAUUUUUAAGUGAGCAAUUUCUCAAUCACAUAUUACGUUUUACUGGAAAUCAAAAAUUUAUGUCCCUGGAACAUAAUUGAUUUUUGAUUUCCAGUGGGUAAGGGAACAAAAUAAUUAGGAUUAGGAAACUUUGUUUGCAUAAUUAAGGGAGUCUAGAUCAAUUACCAUGCCAAAAGUUAAUUAAACAGUCCGUGUAGUCAGUGCAGGAUGAACAUGACCUGAUGUGAAAGCAAUCCAGAUGAAAAGCUUAAUAAAGAAAUCCACUACCGAUGUAACUUGAUUCUAUUGUGUAUGCUUUUCUCUCUCUAGUGCUGAAGUGGAUCAAGAAUUCAACCCUCCUCCUCCUAUAAUAGAAUAUCUCUCAACAACCAAAAAGGAUUUCUCGAAAGGUAACUGUGGUCUUUACUUGAAUUUGGGUGUCAGGGGUUUUGUUGAGGACAAUAAUAUUGCAUCUCCUUUAUGAAAUUAUUUGUUUCGAAUAGGGCCUUUUUAUAGAUUUCAAUUUUUUUUAUGGAGUUAUCUUUUGUCCUUUGUACCUGUUAAACAAGGAUCUUCUCAGUUAGGCCAAUAGGAAAAUACGUCAGACAGAUCAAUUUAUGAUCUUGGAAAGUUUGUUUCAUUGAUUCCACCUUCAAGAUUGGAGUGUAUAAAACACACUCAUCUCAAAGAGAAUUGAAUUAGAUAUCAGGACCUCAAAUUCUUUAAGAUUUCUACCACAUGCCGAAGGUACUCUGUAGUCCGUCAAGAAGACUAGAGAUUUUUUUCAUAUAUUUAUUGUUGUGUGCAGGAGCCAAACUCAUUCCCAGGAUUCUCUUCCACUCACCCUUACUUCAUGGGAUAAUAGUGAGAAAGAAACCUAAGAACAAGGUUGCAAUGGAGCUUUGAACAACAAAGUGAAUGUAAUUGGUUCUGAACUUCAGAUUUUGAAACUCUUAAUAUUAUCUAAACCUUGGCGACUGUUUUCCAAGACACAAAUUUUAAAAGUUGGAAAGUUAUGAAUGUUUUAUACAUUCACAAAUUAUAAGUGCAGUGUAACCCCACUAAUAUGACCACUGUGGGGCCAUAAAAUCCUGGUCACAAUAACAAGGUGAUCAUAUUUAAACAGGGUCUUUGAAAUAACAAAAUGAUAAAUCAGUGUUUUUUUUUGUUUGGGUCAAAAGAAUUUAAUGGUCGGAAAAAUCAGGUGCAAGUAACACGGGGUUCCACUGUUCUUCUUUGAAAAAUAUCAAGACAAUGUCCAGUUACCUAGUGCGAGUGCUUUUCCGCCAUCUGUACCAUCACUAUUUAUUAAUAUCAUACAAGUCAAUAACAGAAGCUUUGAUUUCAAGUCGAGCAAAGUGUGGGACAUAAAAUCUGUUUUCUGGUAGUAAAAUUAUGUUUGAUAGCUGUGGACUAUUGAAUUAAAAUAAAUGUAUAUCUUUUCCAAAUGAAUAAUUUACUCGUACAUUGUAAUUGCAGAAUUUACUCCAAUUGUCAAGGCACCAACUAGGGUGAGCAUAAAUAAUAUCAUUUGUAUGAAAAUUUAAAGUAGCAAAGAGGUAAGCACUAAAUGUCCUAGUGGAGAGGAUAAUCCCAAAAAGCUUUCUUUCCUAAACCACAUUAUGGCAAGUUUAUUAAUUAUUUUAUUUGCCACUCUAACUCUACACUCUUUUGCAUAAUUCCAUGGGUUGCUCUCAUUUGGCCAGACCAACAGAGACCUGUGGAACAUUGUUGGAUUAAAAGAAAUCCUGUUUACAAUACAGUUAUUCUUAGAGAAGUGCAACUCAACAUCAAAGAGGACCACCUCUGUAGAUGGACCACUUUUUCCACAAAAAAACGUUUCAAUUACAUGUAUGUUUCAACCAGAUUAAAGCCGGGCUUUUUUGACCAGGGUUGCCGAGAAAGCUCGGCUGUGGAAGUAACAAGGCCAGGAAGGCCACACUUUGGUGGCCAAGGUUGCCAAGAAAGCUUGGCUGUGGCCAUACUUGCCAGGCUUUACCAGGCCGCAUUUUCCCGAUAAGCCUGGCCAAAAACCCGGAAAACCUGGCCUGGCCAGCCUUUUCCAGGCUGGCCGGGUUUUUGGCCGGGCUCCUGAUGCAAGGGAACGUUCAGAAAUUUUGGCAUAUUCCAAAGCACGCAUGGUGUUACUAUUCAAUUGAAACCUCUUUGAAAAUGUGUUUUUGUUAAAUUUUAAAAACGAAAAUAUAAUUGGGAUCCAAAUGUCUAUGUCGGCAUGUAACUGUAUUCCGGGAAAAAUUCUAACACCAUGCGUCAUCUUGGAUUUCAAGUAGGUGUGUUGUAUGUUCCCUUCUGAACGGUAGUGUCCACAUAGUUUACUUUGUGAGAGACUGGAUGUUUCUAUACUAUCUGCUAGCAUCAUUUUCAUUUUGUAGUUAAAAAAAACCCAUUGACUAUCUUUUUGGGAUUGGCAACCUUAAGUAGUUCCUGAAAAAAAAGCUAAUUUCAUGCCUUGCUUUAUUGUGUUGUUUUACAGGAACAUGAUGUUAAAACUGAACAACCUGCAACCUUCUGGCUUGAGCGAGCUGAAGAAGUGCACGUACGUUUUGAAUUGCAGUUUUAUCGUUGUUAGUUUCAGUGAAUCCCAGUACAUGUAUUAUAUGAGAGUCAGUUCUAAAUUAUGCCGGAUGACAGAAUCAAACAGUCCAUCUCUAAUACCUUUGGAGUCAUCGAGUUCCUGUCCGGGCAAUAAGCUUUUAAAUGGUGAUAAAAGGAGGUCACUGAAAAUCGGGUAAUCCCUUGGAGUAAUCCCUUAUUUUCACUGGGAAAGUUACAAGAGUGUUUGAAAAACGCGUACGCGCGGUUUGAAAUCGCUUCGCCGAUGAUCGGCCGUGUCUCACGCGCGCUUGCGUAGGUCGCGCGCUCUACUAAAGUAUUAUUCUGACUAUUCCAGAGAUGAAUAAAACUCUUUUCGUGGUUUUCACUCCAUUCAUACUUUCCUUUCAUCCAGUGAUCACUAUAUUUCAUUGACAGUAGAAAGGAUUGAUUAGCUAAACAGCCAGUCCCAAUUUUCCCCAACUGCCCUUCUAGAAGUAGUACAAGUACAUCCAAAGAUGUGCCAGAACCACUGUCUGGAAAAGUCAAAGCCGAAUGAUGACUAUGGAGGCCCAGGGAGGCCUUCCACUGAAGACGGAACUAGGUAUCCCGAGAGGAGAUUGGAAAAUUUAGGUUUUCAGAAAUACCGUUUCUUUGAUUUCGAGAACAAAUUUCUCAUAAUCUCAGCACUACAAUUUUAGUUGUAUUAGUUGUAACUUUUCGAUUUUCUUUGACGAAAUGCGUUUUCGUGGAAUUGAAAGAAAAAUGACGCCGUCAGUUUGAAAAAUCAGCAGUUAGGUUGACUUCUGCAAAACCAGGACAUUGUUUGUAUCAGAAGACACACCAAAUUACCAUCUACAACUUGUAAAUUGUGGUGAACUAAUUUGUAGUACUGACAACCCUACGAAUUAGCGACGAUGUAAAUAAUUGUUUACAAAACCUCUCUUACUGUUCAUUAAAAAUAAGCGUCGGUUCAUUUUUUUUUUUUUUCUUUCAGGGAGUUUCACAAGUUCGUACCAAAGACACGCCAUUCCGUAAAAAUGCUGCAUUCAGUACACCAAUCGAUGAGUACAAAGAUGCGCCCAAACCAGGAGAACAAUGGAAGUUUUAA